CUUCAUAAAUGGGCAUGUCACCCAUCACUCCACUCAUUCCAAGACAUUCAUCUCUCAAGCAUCUUCAGCCAAUUACAUCUCCAUAACAGAGAACAUGUCUGGGGUGAUUGCAAUUCCCCAGGCGACACCAGCCACGACUACUAAAAAGAGAUCCAAGCCCAAGAAGACUGGACCCACCGUAUCUGACCGCAUCCUGAAGGUUAUGUCAGCAUCCAGUGACCGAAGUGGUGUGUCUCUUGCGGCUCUCAAAAAGUCUUUGGCAGCCAGCGGCUAUGAUGUUGUGAAGAACAACGCCCGACUCAAACUGGCUGUCCGGCGUUUGGUGGCCAAAGGAUAUCUUCUGCAGCCUAAGGGCACUGGGGCAUCCGGCUCUUUCAAAAUUAACAAAAACAAAGCUGUGGCUAAAAAGAAAAAACCUAUCAAGAAUAAAGUCAAGAAGGUGGGGGCCAAGAAGGUCAGGAGAGCGUCACCCAAGAAGGCAGCGGGCGCCAAGAAGUCCCCAAAGAAAACCAAAAGGAAGAGUCCCAAGAAGGCCAAAAGACCUGCUGCAGCAAAAAAGCCCAAGAGCCCCAGGAAGACCAAGCGCAGACUCGCCAAAUCCACCCGGGCUAAAGCUACACCUAAGAAAUAGGCCUACGGUAGACCUACUCGAUCAGUUACUCGUGGAAGACCGUGGAAUUUAUUCUCCCUGAACAGCUUAAGAGGCCUCAAGCGCAUUUGUACAUCCGAAGAAUCCAUCUCAUGAACUUUAAUAAGUUUGCUUAGCAGUUUAUUUUUGUCCUAACAGUGGAUUUUUUUUUUUUUUUACAGUGCUGACACUGUUACCUAUCUUGCGCUUUUAAUGAAUGUGGAGAUAGGGGAGGCUCAUGGAUAUUAUUGUUUAAAAAAACAAUAAAUAUUUUUUGAAAAAACAAUUAAAUUAUUUAAUUUAAAUUGUUGAAUGUUUUAUUGUGGAAUCAAUGAAUUUAACCUAUAUUGGCCUACUUUGAAUAGUAAAUGAAUGAUUACA